CUCUCAUAUCGAGCGGCGCUUGCGCCGAGGCUCGAGACUCUCUCGGCGCGUAUAGUGCAUAGCACGCGCGCUGCAGUCGGGCGAACACACCCCCGUCGAGCGCAUCCUCGUGCCUCUAGUCGUGCGUGUAGGUGCGAGUACCCGGAGGGCAUCCUCGUCGCUCGCGGUAUAGUACAUCGGCGCGUUAUCGCGAGUGUAUACCCAGGAGUCCGACGGAUGAGCAGCAGCUGCUCCGGGGAGGUGGGACCAGUAGAUAACACAGAGAGAGAGAGAGAGAGAGAGAGAGAGAGAGAGAGAGAGGCACUGCUGCCGCCGCUGCAAGGACGAUUUGUGGGCUGGUGAACAGACGAGAGAGAGAGUCAUGUUGCAGAUGCGCUAAUUGGUAGAGGAUGGAUGCAGCGCUCGAGUGAUUCUGGGGUCGGCAUCGCGGGUGCGAGCCCCUGCAGGAGAGUCAGACGACGAGGACGUCAUCGCGGCUGCCAGUAAUAGGCCAAGAGAGAGAGAGAGAGAGAGAGAGAGAGAGAGCGCAAGAAAGAGCUGACGGAAUAUAAGAGGCUCGCGAAGGUCAGGGGGAUGACGAGACGGCCGAGUGACUAAAGACGCUGGAGAGCACCGCCGCGAUGAUCCUCCUCGGGUUCUUCUUCAACGUCGCUGCUGCUGCUGCUGCUGCCGUCACCGCAGCCGGCGCAGCGAUAGGACACGACGCGCCGAUCGGCCCGAACGACCGGAGAGAGCUGGCGCGUGACUAUUAGUCGGCUUUUACAUGCACUAAAGAGGGCUCGACUACUGCGAUACUCGUAUAUAACUUGGAUAGGAUGAUUACCAGGUGGAGCAGCUCGUGAGGUCCGCUGGGGACUUAUCGGAAGGACCUACCUUGCUCUGAUCCGACGAACGGGACAAUAUGGGCAAUGGCAUGAAUAAGGUUCUGCCUGGCCUGUACGUGGGCAACUACCGGGACAGCAAGGACGCGGCGCAGCUCGAGCGGUUCGAGAUCACCCACAUCCUCGCCAUCCACGAUGCCGCCAGACGACUGCAUUCCGACAAGCACUAUCUCUGCAUCAUGGCGGCCGACAGUCCGGAUCAGAACCUGUCCCAGUACUUUUCGAUCUGCAACGACUUCAUACACUCGGCCCGUCUGCGCGGCGGUAACGUUUUGAUACAUUGUUUAGCUGGGAUGUCGCGGAGCGUGACGGUCGCGGUGGCCUACAUAAUGAGCACGACGAACCUCUCGUGGAAGGAGGCGCUGAAGGUGGUGAGGGUGGGCCGGGCGGUGGCCAACCCCAACGUCGGCUUCCAACAGCAGCUGGAGGACUUUGAGUCGACGCGGCUCCAGGAGGAGAGGCGACGACUGCGCGAGAGGUACCCGAGCCUGGCGCUGUCCGCCCAGGACGCCGAGAUCUGCCGGCAGACCCUCGUCAGCUACGAAGGCAUGGCGCUGGCUCGCGAGGUCUGCGAGGGCAACUGCGCCAUGGGCCGGACGUGUCCCACCGGCCUCUGUCGGCAGUCCUCCAAGAGAAACCUGCGGCGGAAAUCGUCGACGAGCAGCCAGGGCAGCAUGGCCAGUGGGCUCGGGGGCAGCGGUAGGACACCGCCGGCGACGCCGAGGCUCCUGCCCUCGGCGCCGCCCUCGCCGGCUCUCCCGAGGUCCGCCAGCGUCGUCUCCGCGUCCUGCAGGCCCAGGAGCGGACCGGCUGGGCUUCAUUAUUACACAGGUUCCGCGCCGCCCUCGAGACAAUGGCAAACUGCGCAAGGAAAUGUAGAGGACGCGGAAAGUCAGAGUAAGACAGACGUAAGGGCGGUCUCGCGGGUGGACCUGUCGGCAGCGGUGGCCUGCAGCAGUAGCAGCGGAGGCGGCAGCACCUCCAGUCUCUCGGCGAUAGGCCGUUCGGCCCCGGUGAACAGCCAGGCGACUUCGCCCCGACGCUACGCCCUCGGAGCCUCGGCCCCGGCGACACCACGAGGUACCCCGCCGGUCUCUCCGCAGCACUGGCCUCGCAGGCUCUCGGGUCAGCAGCAGACCGGCCUGAUCGGCAGGCCCGGUACGCCCCAGAGCCAGUUGGCUACGGUCAAGAGCGAGGCUUCCACGCCCAUGACGUAGCACAGGCUCGGAUUCCUCGGUAGCCAGCUCUCGAUGUACGGACACGGAUAUGGCUACGGCCGAUCGAGAUCUUAUCAGCAUAUCUGUCGGGACAACGGAUGCUUCUGCUACACUGGCAGCUUUGGCAGUUACAAUGGUAGCCGAUACUGAGGAAAUUAAAGUGCACACUUAUAUGCAGCCUGCGUUUGCCUCGCGUAAACAUCGUUGAGCUAUGAUUCGACCGUUGUUACAUCGUUACUUGCAGUUUUGAGUUUUAAUCGAAACUUCUCGCACACGAAGGGAUCUGGCAAGAUCUUAUCGUCAUAAAAUAGUGUAUAUCCGCCAAUUAAUGAAAGUAAAGAAAACAAAUCACACUCUGCACACCUAAACACGCAAAUUUAUGGUGUAACCGCUUUGCAGAUCUCGAUUAUAUUACACACACGCGCGCGCGCGCGCGAUCGAAAAACGGAAAACGAAACAGUUGGAUUUUCGCAAUCACGACUGCGUUUACAGAGGAAAAAGAAAGGAGUGGCCAACUAAGUUUCACGAGUUAUCGCUAUCUCCCGUUGCAACCAUUUCGACUGCGACGAUUGCUGCAGAUCUCGAACGAACGUAAUUCGGUUGCUUUUCGGUGACGAACAACACAGCUCUAAAAUCUUCUCCUUACUGUUGACAAAUAUAUUUCCGUUGAAGAUAUACAGUGUUACGUGAGUGUAAUGCAACUUAACGCACAAAAAAGAUUCGCAGGACUUGUCGCAGAUCGACUCGCCGGAGCCUUCGCCGCGCGAAAUGGUUUUGCAUAACCGUCCAAAAGAUUUGUUGACUCGGUUUAAUCGAGACAGUUGUUAAUCCAUUAGGAGGAGUUUUAAAAUAAAUCAGAUAAAACCGAGAAAAAUAUGCGGGAAGGCUGUCACACGGGUCCGCGCGUUGUUUUCGCGGGUUUCAGAGAUAUUUAUCACUGUUAGCACAGAGGGAGAGAAAGAGAGAGAGAGGGGGGGGAAGAAACUUUUGUAAAUAUCAUGUAUAUGCACGUGUGUAAAAUAAAUGCAGUAUGCAUACGUAUAACACGCGCGAAUAUAUACAUUAUAUAUAAACUUAUAAUAUCGGCUGGGGUAACUUACACUUUACGCAAAGAUAUAUCGUAUACAUAUAUACAUAUCCAUAUCUAUAUAUCAUAUAUCUUUGUUGAAUCGAGAGACACCCUGCUGGCUGAAUAUCAUUGUUGUUGAAUAGAUGAGUAAAUAAAAUUGAAUAUGAAACUAAGCCAGAGACAUAAAGUCACCUCGUAAUCACGAUCUCGCAAUCGCGACAAUAUUAAUUUGUAUAUUACGUAUUGAUAAAAAAGGAGGUUAUUGAUUUGCUAUAAAACGUUAUAACAUGUGAGAUAUAAUAUUAUAUAUAUUAUAUAUAUGCAAAUCUUGUAUUUUUUAAAUAUUAGAUCGAAGAAAAUAAUGUAAUUGUUGAUGCAAACCACCUGAAUCGAAGUUCAUAUAUUAGAUAAAUAUAUUUUAGAAGAUAUAUAACAUCUCAGCGGAUAUGUCCAGUUGGCGCUUUUACAAACAACCAGAUAGUUAUAUAACAAAGCAGUUAUUCACUUUUCGAUACUACAUUUAAGUGACGUAAUAGUUGUUGUUAUUCCGUCGAAUUCAAAUAGUUGUACCUUUUCUUACUUCACCUUAUUUUACAGAUCAUAUAUUUAUAAGUUGUUUUCUAGAUUUUUAUGGUAUAACGUAAGGAUUAAAAAAUUCACUUUGUUAUAUUUUUGACAAUGGACAAUACAAAAAUAAAGCUUUAUACUUACGCGUAGCUCCACUAAAUAGAGAUAAUUUUAGUUAAUCAGAGCAAAAGUAAAUGGAUUCUAUGUAGUUUGUAUCAUAACAGCAAAGAGUUACAAUCAUACACCCACCUAGUACAACGUAACAAAGAUUUAUUUUCGAUCAAAAAAGAAAAGAUAUUUGAAAUAUUAAUACAUGUGCUACCAAAGAUUGUACAUUCUUUUAAGCACAGUACAAAAUUUUUUAGCUUUGAAAAGAGGAAGAUGAACAGUGGUGUGUGUAUAUAUUAGCUGAAAAUCCUUUUGAUUUAUCUCGAGUGAAAUUUGUAAAAAUUAUAAGGAACAAAUUCAUUAUAUUCUGAGAUCGAGACAUACAUCACGAAAUCUUACAAUUAUUUUUAUAAUAGCUUUGAGAGAGAUGCUUGGAAUUUGGACGAUUGUACAAGCGAAAUUAAAUUCCAGAUACUUAUCCCUCAACUAUAUUAUUAUGUGCUUUAUCGUCGAAAGCAAAAUUAUCUGUAUAUCUAUAGCUUUUCUCAUUAUAUAACAAAUAUACAGCUAUAAUUAAUACUGCAUCGAUUGCGAGGCGGUGUUAAGCACUUGCACAAAAAUACUAUAUAUAAUACCGUAAAUGAUAAAAAAAAAAAAUAAUAAUAACGCAAAAUAUCUCAAUUAUUAUGAAGAGCGCGAAAGUACGAAAUGCACGCACUGUAACAAAAAUAUGAAAAAAAUAUAGCUAUGUUUGCGGUAUCAUACACAAGAAAAUGCUACUAAAAUAAUUACGCCUCGAGUCGUGCACGCACGCCGAAACACACACGCAAUGGAAAAAAAGUAUGACAAAAAGAAAAAAAUAUCACUUCUAGACUCUUAGGAGAGAACGAAAAUACAUAUGUUUAUAAUAAGUAUAAAGUCUUCAACUUCUCUAUAGCGCUGCUGCAUCUCCGCGAUGUCAUAGGAAAAAAAAAGCAACAACAGAUAUGUAAGCAAAGGUAAGCUACGCCGAUUUUGCAUGAAAAUUCAAGAUCGCUGUCAUCAAUUUAUGAAACUUUCGUUCGUAUAGCACACUCGGUGUUUUUUUAUUAAAAUUAAUUGAUGUAUAGCUUAUAGAUCAACACAUGUUAUACACCAAAGGAUUUCAAGCCGUGUGUCGCGACUUUUUUUAUACGAAAGUGGAAGCUAUAAGUAUUCCAUAAGUAAAACUAUGAAGCAGCUCUCCACGCGUGUAUCGUCGGAAAACGAACGAUCAAAGGAUUCUUUCUUAGAAAGUCGAAAAAGGCGUCUUAUAGUACGUAUUAUUUGUACAUUAUUUUUGUCGUUUGCGAGGAGACACGUUGAGGUGUCUUCGAUCAAUUCGUACAAUGCGUUUUAGCCUAUUUUGUGUAAGUAGUCAGCAAUGCAGAAGAUUCUUCAGAGCUGAUACUUUGUUUUGUGCAUAAAGAUCUAUCCUAGAUUCUAAAAUUUUCUUUCAAUGGCUUCUGACGAAGUUUCCGCACUUGACAAUGGUAUGACCGACGAAUCAUGGAGAAGAAAAUGCUUUGGACCAAAUCAGCUCUCGCAGUGUAAACAUAAUGUAAACAAACAUCACGUACGAACCGUAUUAAUUUUACCUUUUUAGUGUAGGAUAUUGCGCGCGAAGAAGAUUUGAAAGAGCCAAGUUCGAAAAACGAAGGGAAUCGACACGAUUAAUGAAGAGGACUGCAGGAGCCAUGCUAAAGAUGAUCGACACUUUUAGCUGCGUUUAUCCGCGUACUAUUGUCUCAUACAUACACACAAGUCGUGCGCGAGAUAUAUUUUAUCCAAUAAGUUACGCGCGAGUAUUUUUGAUACGUCUGAAUUGAUCUGUGAUGCAAACACGUCGUCGCUUCCGCUUGAAUCUUCAUUCUAAAUGACGAAUAUUAUUACGAAAAAUAUAGAAAAUAAUUGAAUUGUCAAGUCGUCGAUGUUAAAUAGUGCACGGCUGUUGGUGAGAGAAAUUGGAUAUUUCAUAAAAUCUGAAUGUUUCGUUAUUAAAAAAAAAAAAAAAAAGGAAAAAAAGACGAAUUGGCGAGAUUUUAUUAUUAUAAAUACGAAGAGACUUUAUGUAAUUCGAUCUCGCGUAAUCGGAGCGAAAAAUAAUUUCACAAAAUUUGACUGAUGCGAGAUACGGUUGGAGGAUGUGAUGACAAAAAAGCAAUACCGUAUUUUUUUUUUUAAUUUGUUACUAGGUAUAAUAGCUGAUGCGUAAUUUUGAAGCGGACGAAUUUUUUUACACGAUCUCGAGAUGAUCAAAAGACGUUGUGGAAUAUCCAAUCGUAAGAUAUCGAGUCAAUGAUAAGACACACACACUAAAUUAAUUAGAAGAAGUAAAGCGCAAAAUCUUUGAUGCGGCUUCAAUCGCCUUAGGCAGCAUAUCUUGACUUUUGUAUGUAAACAAAUCUACACGUCGCUUAUACUAUAAUAAUAUAAUAAUAACUUAGAGAAACGCGAGGAGGAAGUUAAAAAACACGAAAGGACGUUCGAAAAGAGACAUAGAGUCGACAGACCGAAGCAUAACUGCAAGAAAAGUUCCUUGCGUUUGAUAUAAACAAGCAAUAACCAGACAGCUCGAGCUUCGCAUAAAAUUAAAUCUCAAAUCUCGGGCUGUCCCAAGUAUAACGAGUCCUACCGAUACUCUUGCAGCGCGUCGAGCGAACGUCGAGUUAUAUACCCAAAAAAGCUGGCUACGAAGCAGUAUUAAAGCAGGGUGCAUUGUCUGGGAUACAUAUACACUUGGCAAGUCGAAAGAUAUUUUUAGCUAAAUUUAGGUCUUAGAAAGCCGAGAUAUUUUUUCACACGGGAGGCUCGCCGCCACACACGGAGACAGACAGACACGCACACAUACAGACCAAACCACACGAAUCCUACAGGGCUGAGUCUCCUUGGAUCUAGUAUCAAGAUACACUUAUAGAUGACUGUACAUUCGCGCGCGCGCGCGCGCGCGGCUCGUUCCGGCGGCGAGCUUUCGCAUCGGAACUGUCCGUCAAUUUCUUGGGCCUUUCGACGAAUCCUCGCUACGACGAGUAUGUAUACGCACGUUACGUAAAUGCGCAGUUUCCGUACCUGAAAUUAGAGAUGAGACGCUGACGUUUCGACGAUAUAACAACCACCACCACCAUACCACCGCCGCCGAGACAAAUUAUUAAUUAUGAUUAUAUCAACGUAGGCUUCAUGCAUUUCCCUCGAAAGUCUCGUUUUUUAGUUCGCCAUUAUGUGAUGAAUGAUAAAAAUGAAACCAUAGCAGUUAUUCUUUGAGAGCGUUCGUCUGACGUAACAAUACAUUUAUGCACCAAAUGAAAAAGAUAUUGACAGAAUAAAUAAACAUUCGUUCCUC